AUUGUCUCUCGUAACAAAGUGGUCUGAAGCUAGAAUUAUCAGUCUUUUAUAUUCAAUUAGUUGGUUGGUGACUUUAAAUUUUGUAGCUAAGCUUGUGUAGAGGAGCCAAAAUUAAAAAAUAAAUAAAUAAAGAAACAAAAAAGAAACUGUCUUAGGCAGCAGAAGCCUGGUCGACUAGUGAAGCUAUGUCGAUUGUUGUGGAUGUCAAUAGAUUCACAAAUGUUAUAUCUCAAGAUCCAAAUUUGAAUGGGAGUUCGAGUAAGAGCACACACGGUGAAAACAAUAAUGAGAAAUUGAAGAAGGCGGCUCAAGAUGGGGAUGUAGAAAGACUCUACGAGUUGAUAGCAGAAGAUUCAAACAUUCUAGGCCACUUUGAUAAGGUGCCUUUUUGCGCGACGCCACUACACAUUGCAGCUGAAAAUGGGCAAGCUCAUUUUGCCAUGGAACUAAUGACCCUGAAGCCGUCACUUGCAUCAAAGCUAAACGUGUCAGGUUACAGCCCGAUGCAUUUAGCUCUGCAAAACAACCAUAGCCGAAUGGUGAGAGGGUUUGUAGCAAUCGACAGCAGCUUAAUCAGCAUUAAGGGAAGAGGAAGGGUUACUCCUUUGCAUCACGUGGCUCAAAUAGGUGAUGCAGAGUUGUUGAGUGAGUUCUUAUUUGCUUGCCCUUCUUCCAUAGAAGAUUUAACGGUUAAGUGUGAGACAGCUGUGCACGUUGCCGUGAAGAACGGGAAUUUCAUGGCAUUUAAGGUUCUAUUGGGAUGGCUCAAGAGAGUAAAAAAGGAGGAAAUCUUGGACUGGAAAGAUGAAGAUGGUAACACAGUCUUCCAUAUUGCUGCAAUGAUGAAUCAUACUGAGGUGAUGAAGCUGCUGCGUAAAACCGUUAAAGUAGAAGCCAAGAAUUUGGAUGGCAAAACUGCGAUGGAUAUACUACAACCUGAUCAAUUUCGUUAUGGUUCCACAACGACUCUUGCAGGAUACUUAAGCAACAAUCUAUCGUUUAUGGAGAGACGUAACAAUCUCUUGGGGCUGAGUAAUCUCGGCUUGACUGGAAAGACGUCUCCAAACUCUAGCGAGCGCCGGGAUGCAUUACUUGUAGUGGCUAUACUGAUAGCCACAGCUACAUACCAGGCCGGUCUCAGUCCUCCUGGCGGAUUUUGGCAGGAAAAUUCCUUAAAUCCUAACGAUGGAAAUGGUCACAAGGCUGGGCAGAUGACUAUGGUAUACAAGAAUGCCUUAGUGUUUAUUGUCCUUAACGGGCUUGCCUUCUUAUCAUCUCUACUUGUGAUCAUUAUCCUCAUAAUGGAACUCCCUAUGUGGAAGUUACUUUAUGGUUCGGUGGCGGCUUUAAGUGUCGCUAUGUCUGCAUCGUACAUAACUAUAUUCCCGAAUCCAGAUGGCGAAUUGGAAAAAUUACUACGUUUGCUCUUCAUCAUGGCAUUCCCAUUGGCGAUGGGAAUCAUGCUGUAUUAUACUUUCAUUGCAUUCACUAGUGAUAAAGAAAGUCGGCACAAAGUGGACUUCCAGGCGAGCUACUUCAGCUCCUAUCAUACAGCAUCGCGUGAUAACUAUCUUUUAUUUAUUAGUGGGUCUUGUUGGGCCGGUUGUUUUUUGAUUUGGGCGUUUGUACUACCAAAAUGAUCCAUCCGCUUCUCAGUUUGCUCUUUAACAAAUGCUCUCUCUUUCUUGUUUGCCUUAUUUGUAAUAAUGCUUUUCCGAACACAUUGGGAUAAGAAAUUUAAAUUCGAACGA